AUGUCGCUCAGGUUCUACAAGACGCCCGGCGCCGAGCGGCCGUGGCGCCCGCCGGUCAUGGACGAGGACUGCCGGCGGUACCGUCGUCGAACGAGGCGAAGCAACAAGUGGAUUCCACCCCGGUUGGCUUUUGAGGAGAUUAUCAGGAACAACACGGCAUCGCCAUGCUCACUGAACGACUUUAUGGAUUACCUCGUCUACGUCGAGCAAGAUGCCGAGCCCCUCCAGUUCUUUCUCUGGUACUGCAGCUAUGUCCAGACAUGGACCACUCUCUCGCCUGAAGAACGUGCUCUCGCACCACGCUGGGAUCCGUACCGGGGCAAGAAGCUCACUUCGAAGGAGAGAAGGGCGAAGAACUCGAGCAAAGUCAGCAAUAUUCUGGAAAUUCUUGACGAGGAGAGUAACCAGACGAAUGUCGGCGCGGAUGGAAAGAGUCCGACUGGAAAGCACAACCGCAACGCAUCGGCCGCGACGAACUUUUCUCAUCCAAGAGCGACUUAUAUGAAGGGGGAUGAGAAGGAAGCGGGGGAGACGAUAUCGGCAGCUGCCUCACCAUCAUCUCAACCCUUCCGUUCCGACAUCACCACCAUCGUAAAUCACUACAUCAACCCCAACGCCCCACGGCGUCUAAACCUAACAAAGGAUGAUCGCACAUCCGUUUUGACAGCAGCAGCCUCUACAACGCACCCCUCCGCUUUGCUGCUGGCGUUCGAAAAGGCCGAGGCCCUUCUCCGCGGCAAGCUGCACCCAAACUUCAUCCGCCACAACAUCUCCAACACCAACCCAAUGGCAACACAUCUUCUGCGCGGCGUUGGUUUCUGUCUCUUCAUUCUCGGGCUGGGUCUCGACAUUGCAUUCAUUCUUUCAUCCAUUUCACGGUACUACCGUCUCUUAUCCGCGCCCUUAAUAUUCUCCGGCCUGGCCGUCCUGGUAGCUGCGUUGGACGGCGUGUCGCUAUCCCUCCACUUGGCACAUCGACGACACGUCCGGCCAUGGGAGGUGCCGGACCUGGAAUCCGGAACCGGGGCCGACAAGCGGCACCGCCGGGCUGCUACAUCGGAAAGCGUCUCGGGAGCUGUGGACCCGCUGCGCAAACCUACACUACAGACUUUUGGCCCUGAGAACCUCUUCCUGAACGAAGAAUGGGUCGCCACGUACGAGCAGCGGUCCUUUUUUCGAAAAGUGUUUGAACGGAGCAUAGUGAGUAAGAACAAGCACUUGCGCAUCCUGCAAGACGGCGUUGUUGCCGGAGCGGCGCUGUGGGCUGGGUUAGCUACCGUCGCUCUUGGUGUCGGAUCGGUUUUUAUACCCUCGUAUAAUCUUUUUUGA